AUGUCAGACCGGCUCCCAAACGGGGUUAUCACCGACAUCCUCUCACGACUGCCGGUGAAGUCGCUGAUCAGAUUCAGGAGCGUUUCGAAGGAAUGGUGCUCUCUUAUCUCCAGCCCCCACUUCAUCGCCACCCACCUCAGUCGCUCUCUUUCCAACUCCCAACACCAGCCCAGCCUUUUCCUCAGCCAUGACUACACCAUACACACGGUCCUACUGUAUCCAUCAGAUCCACAAGUAGAACACAACGGGGAUUUCUUUGCAAACCCAUCAGAUCGCAUACAAUUGUAUGGUCCUGGUCCAUCCAACGAUGAAUAUUCAUUGCACUUAGUUGGUUCAUCUAAUGGCCUACUUUGUCUUUCCAAUAUGAUUCUCAAUUACAAGAGAGGGUUAUGUGUUCUCUGGAACCCUUCGAUUCAAAAAGCCAUAUCCCUUCCCAAGCCUAAUCUUGGAUUUGACAGUAUGUUAAUCCAAUCUGUUGGCUUUGGGUAUGAGCCCACGACCGAUGAUUACAAAUUGGUGAGGCUCGUGUAUCCCCGAGGCAUUGAUGAUAAGAUUCUUUUCAACAAUGUUCCACCUCUGGUUGAGAUUUAUACACUUCGAACCGGCAUAUGGCGCUCUAUUACGGCCCCCGGUCCUCCCUACCUCAUGAAGAUGUGCUCCUCAUCGGUUUUCGUGAAUGGGGCACUCCACUGGCCCGCAAAUACUCCACGGGGCCAAGGCGCCUUCCGCAAUGUGAUUGUGUGGUUUAAUAUGAAGGAUGAGGCCUUUGGUGAAGUGGGUAUGCCUAAGAGUUUACAAGGGCUGAAAGACUUGAACGUUAGUGUGGCGCUAGUUGAUGGCUUGCUCGCGCUUGUCCCUCGUAGCAUGUUUGGAAACGAAGCGUCUCAGGCGGUGUGGGUGAUGAAAGAGUACGGAGCAGAGGAAUCUUGGAGUAAGCUGUUUGAUGUUCGCAUUGGGGGAUUUGAGAGGGUGAUAGGCUUUACAAAGAGUGGUGAAGUUCUAGUGCAAAAGGCUAAAAGCUUGUUUUCUUUCGGACCAAGUAGCCGAGGAUAUGUGGAUCUUCCCAUUCGUGGCCCAGUAGUGGAGAUUUAUUUGGAUACUUAUGUGGAGAGCCUUGUUCUACUCAAUGUAGCUGACCGAUUUCCGGGGCGACGGUAA